UCCAAGGACAGGACCUCGACUUGUACAUUUAGGUACAUGUGAAUCUUAGGUUGCCAGCACAGCUCUGGUGAUUUUCACCAGAAUUUGUUGAGUAGACAUUUUUUUUUUGUGGGUGUGAUCUGAAAAUGUACGUUUGGACCAAUGUGAAUACACAAUUGUGUGGCGUGUAUUGUGGCUUUAGAUAAGAGAAAAUGAGGCGAACUACCUUAAACAUGGAGACUGUCCCACUAACUGGCAACUGAAGCAUACGGGUCUUUUGUAAUGUCAUCGCUAAUAUUUGUGCAGCUCCUUCUCUUGGGGUUAAGGGUCAUCAGCACCACCACAGACACAUGGAGACACUGUACAGAUAUUUUCCCUCUGGAUCUCCUGUCUUUUGUUCUCGAGAGGGAUACCUCCAAACUUGCGCCUGGGGUGCACAUGAAGCAGGCUGGAGAGAUGAGGGGUGUACAUUUCUCCAGCCCUCAUUCCUCCCUGAGCUUCCCCUCCUCGCAGGUGCUUGCAAAUUGUGACCUCUUCCCUAAAGAAUUCUCAAUUGUUGUGACUUUGAGAGUCUCGCACCUCGCGCAAAAGAGAAAUGAAUACAUCCUUUCUCUCAUUGGGCCAAAAACGGAGGAAAAAAGCACACUGAAUGAUUAUGGAGACCUUUUGGAAAGUAAUAAGAAGAGGAGCGCCACAGCAGGAGAACGACACGGAAAGACCAGGAGAAAUAAGGAGAGAAAAGUCAAGAGUAACGCGGAACGCGGGCGGAUCAUCUUGGGACUGAGGCUUUCGAAAAAAUGUCUGCACUUUCUAUUUAAAGGUCAUGGAGGGGUCGUCGAGCACUGGGUGUUCCGAGGGACCAAGCUGGCUGAUAACCAGUGGCACACACUUGUUUUGACCAUUACUAGAGAAUAUGUGAGCCUCACGGUGGACUGCCAGGCCCCAAUGCAAAUUGUUCCUACCAGGCCGUUCCCCUUAGACCUCAACAUUCAAGGAUCCAGAUUCCACAUUGGCAAUCGGGGUCGAUGGAAAGGCCUGUUUUCAGGUAUGCUCCGACAGCUGGUUUUGGUGCCAGGUAUGGAUGUCAGCCAUCAGAUCUGUCCCUCUCCUAACUCCCAACCAGCAACUCUGUCAGUACCACCUCUUCUCUUAGACCUGCCUGUCAAGAGGAAGGAGGGUGACAGCCAUCCGACUUCCUAUGAAAAGGAGGAGCGAGUGUCAGUCGGGUUGGAGCGUUCAUGCUCCGAGCUGCUCCAAGGUCAACUGUGGUUCAAUCCACUUAAGAAAGGUCUCUACCUCUGCGAUGGAAGCGAGUGGAUCACAGUGCUAGAGGAUCACAAAAGGCUGGACUAUGUGUUGGAACAUCAGGUGCUAACCACCAGCUCAGAGACACAUGAUGUAGAGGUUUUCCAGGUACCUGGAAUUGGUCUGAUGGCUGCGAUGGCUCAUCGAUCCAAAGCCUCUGGUUCGGCCGUGUAUCUGUGGACUCACGCACAAUUCAGCCUAUACCAGAAUAUCUCCACUCAUGAAGCUCUAGCUUGGAGACACUUCUACAUAGGAAAGAAAAUAUUUCUGGUGGUGUCUAACUCCGGGGGAGGGCCCUAUAAUCGCUUAAACAAAGAGUUAGAGAACGAGUUUUCUGUCAUUUACAAGUGGAGCAAGAAAAGGAAACAGUUUGUGCGGUUCCAGUCUCUGCAGACCUACUGUGCUCGAGACUGGGAGGCCUUUGUCAUCAAUCGACAAACCUAUCUCGCUGUGGCCAAUCAUAGACAAGGUAAUAACAAUCACACUAUAAACAGUGUGAUAUACAAGUGGAACAGGUUAACAAAGUCUUUUGAGGUCCACCAGAUGCUGCGGACGUCUGGGGCCUAUGACUGGGAGUUCUUCACUGUCGGACCGUACCAUUUCCUAGUGGUCGCGAAUGCUUUUGAUGGAGUGACCACUUCUGUAGACUCUGUCAUUUAUGUUUGGGUCAAUGGACAAUUCCAGGUGUUCCAGACAAUUAAGACAUUUUGCGCCACAGACUGGGAAAUGUUCAAGAUUGGCAGCAGAGUCUUCCUUGUGGUUGCCAAUGGAAACAGACUUCACGGCAACGAGCCAAGUCGAUACGCCAUAAACUCCACCAUCUACGAACUGGACAUGAAAGGACAGCUCUUUGUCCGCUUCCAGGACAUCGUCACCUACAGUGCAGUGGAUUGGGAAUUCUUCAGCCUCGGGGAGGAACAUUUUCUUAUUGUGGCCAACUCCUUCAAUGGAGAGUCCUACUCUCUCAACAGCAUUCUCUACAGGUGGCAGGGAUAUGAAGGCUUUGUUCCUAUUCACUGGCUUCCAACCAUCGGGUGCAGUGACUGGGAGUUUUUCAGCUCCAAAGGAGAAUCCUACUUGAUCUACUCGAGUGCCAAAGCAUCUCUCUCCAAAGUCUUCAAGCUAAAAACCUACUGAACAAAAGGAGUGUGUACAUGGUUUUUAUGAGUGUGUAUGUGUGUGUGUGCACAUGUGUAAAUAUAGUACAGGUUCUUCUUUGUAAGGACAUACUUUGUCCUUUUGUGUCUUUGUUUCUGUGUGAGAGUAUAGUUCUUCAAAUGCAGGCGUGCCUUUACAGUGCUGUUUCUGUUUCCAAGGGUUUUUUUCAUUCGAGAUUUACAGUCUGAAUUGGACGACACAGGUGUUUAACGUGGGAUUUAAAGAAUGAUUCUGGUAGUCGUUUAGAAUAAAUGUCCUUAGAUUAGAUCAUUUGAUUAUUCCUGCCAUUUGGAAAGGGGUUUUGGAAUUACAUUUAGACCCUCAUUAGAGAGAUGUAAGGGAAAAGAAAGAAAGAAAAAUAAGAUAAUUUAGAAUUAACUUAGAGCUGGCAACUAAGAUUUU